AUGCGUGCGCGUAGCGUCAGGUUGAGCAGGACGCAUUUCGAUGUUGCCAUCGCGGUCUUUGCGAUAUUCUGCAUGGCGGGCGUGGUCUUCGGUGUGUCGAGCCUCUACCCAAUUCUCUACCAACAGGGGCUAUUUCACAGCUCGUGCUCCGCCGUGGAAAGCUUUGGCCAACACCACUGCUCGGAAGAUGCGCAGCGACGCACAAAGUGUUGCCCGAGUCAGUUUGUGAUGUUCUCGCUCAUCUCGUCUUCCGCCUUCUUCGCGAUCGACGUCUCCGCCGCUUUCUGGGGAGAGGUGGCCGACGCGUGGGGCCCUAGACUUUGCACCGCGUGCGCAGCAAGCCUCAGCUGCAUCGGGUUCGUCGGCCUCGCCGCCGGCGCGUACCUGAAGCCCUACUUCUUCUUCCCCUCGGGGCAGUUACUAGGGCAGCAACCGCCAGCCGGCGGCGGCGGCGGCGCGGGGUCCGCCCUCGUCUUCGUCCUGCUCGAGGCGUGCGCCACGCGGCUCUACGCCACCCACCGGGCGGCGGACGAGGCCCGUCAGCUCCGUGUCUCGCGCACCGCCAUUGCGCCGAGGCGUGACAUGAUUGCGGUGUACUUGCAGAUGGCCUUCCAGUCGCUCUACCAGCUGCAGAGCAACUUCUACCUGCAGACAGUGCAAGACUCGUACGAGUCGCUCCUCGGCGUCGAGUCCGCUGCCGCCUUCGUCGCCACCUUCCACGUCGCCUUCCCCGUGAGCGGGUUCAUCGCAACCUUCCCCGUGACUGCCAUCCUCGAGCGCACAGACAGCCGGCCGCACGUGUACUGGGGCGCCAUCGCAGCGAGCAUCCUCCUCCUCCACCUCCUCUGGCUCCUCCCGUCUGCCAGCGCGCAGAGCUCGCCCGCACCGCUGCUCUCCCGCGCGCAGCUCGCCGUCUCGUUGCUCUUCGGGCCCGUGCGCUGCUUCUGUUGGGCCGCGUACUUCCACUUCCUCGCGAGCGACGUCUUCUACCCGCAGGGCGCCCCUCCCUGUUCGCCUUUCAACCGAGCAAGCAGCAGCAGACCCCCCCCCCUCCCCCGCUUCCCGACAGGCUACCUCGCGAGGACGCUCGGGUAUAACAACCUCGUCAUCGGCGUGAUCGGGGCCGUCGGCCCCUACUUGCUCUCGCAGCGCGUUGCCGCCGCCUCCUCGUCUGCCCUCGAGGGCGAGACGGACGCCUACCUCUCGCUCCGGCUCCACCUCCUCGUCGGCACUGCGCUCCUCCCCCUCCUCCCCCUCCACCUGUUCCUUCGCGGCCGGAGGAAGGACCAGGAAGCGAGGGCAAGACAAGAUUCAGGUUCCAGCACAGAGCGAGAGAGUCAGACGAGAGCACGCAUGCGCACCACCGCCGCCCGUGGCAGUGCGGGGCUCGCGCCCGGGGGGGCGACGCAAGGCACGGCAGAGCUUGGCAUGGAGUCGCACGGCACGGCGGCGUUGCUCGACUCGUUCCACACGCCGCCCGCGUGGCGGUUCGCGGGCACCGUCGCGCCGACGACCUGCAGCCGGGGAGUCGCCGGGGUGAGCAAACCUCUGGCCGAGGUGCACAGUAUAACAAGCGGGCAGAUCAUCGUGUGCGUGGGUGGCAGAGUCGUCGAUGGUGGGACAAAGCAGUUCACCGUCAAAGUGAUGCACCCAGACGCGACGGCAGCGCAGGCCGCGGAGCUGGCACGGCCGAUCAUCAAAGGGCUGCUGGGGCAGGCGGUGACAGCGGGGGAGACCGCCGCCGCCCAGGAAGCCGAGAGGGAGCACUUGCAAGACACCAAGGUGUUCUCCGCUAAUCAGCUGGGCAGGAUCUUUACCGGUUGGGCCGGAUGGCUGGAUACCCUCCGGGCCAACAAGAUGCUCGAGGCCGACGAAGAGCGCCGUGACGAGGUCGCCUCGGCGCAGGUCAAGAUAUCAGGUGCCAACGAGGCACUGAAAAUGUUCCGUAAGCUGCCACAGUGCAAGGAGGCAGAGGAAGGCCACGUCGUCACGGCUGAAGUUCUCAAGGUGGCAGACGAGAUGCCGGCGUUCGGUGCAGCAUCGAUCGCCACCAGCACGAGAAUCCAAAUGUUCUUUGGUGCGCUCAACGCCGUCAUCCUCAGCGAACGGCACAGCGCGAUGCUGGAAGAGAUUGCCGGGAAGGAUAGCGUUUCGGUGGAUGAGAUGCAAACCUUCCUCGCUCGGCUCGGCGAGUCAUUCAAAGUACCUGUCACGCCAGAGCCACUGCCAUCGACCGCAUUCCAAGCGCUCAUGCGGCGCGUCAGGCUCGGCGGCCAAGCUGACGACUUCCGCGCGAAGGCCGUCUGUCUGGUAUGCGAGUCAGAGCAACAAAAGGUCGCCCUCGAGGACCAUGACAUAUUCGAGGCGCUCCUCGCCGAAUGGAUGGCGUCAGGCCUCGAAAACUUCCAAGAAGCGUCGCUGGCCGCCCUGGCCGCCGGCCCUGCCAUGUCAGCCACCGACGCAGCCUGCUUCAUCGUCAGAUGCAAGUCCGCGAAGCAGGCCGCACUGGCCCGCACAACACAAGCUGCUCAAGUGCCCACGCCCGCGGCGGCGAACCCGCCGAUGAGCAUCUUCAUCCGUGCUCCCGUCGACGGAGCGAAAGAAGAGGGCACAGAGGAUUCGGCAACGGCGGUCGCCGCAGCGGCGCAGCGGAUUGCGGCCUCCCGCGAGCAGACCGGCGUCUUAAACGGCCUUGCUCGCAUAGCCGAGUUGGACGCAUCGCCAACGGGCCUAGCCUCGCUCACACGAGAGCUCGACUCGAGAGGUGCGCGCCUCCCAGACCUAGUCCGGCUAGUGAGCGCGGACGCUGCGAGUAUCUCAAACCUGGCUAGCACCAUGUCAGCCGACUCUCAAUUCAUUGCGAACGUGAGAGCGAUCCGUGGCGCAAGAGAGUUUGUUUUGUUGACGUUACGUUAG